AUGUCUGUUGAGAGCUACAAUGAUUUCCAAGCGCUGCCGGAGGGUUGUAUAGCCACCGCGCUGUCGCUGACGAGCCCCAAGGAUGCCUGCCGACUGUCUUUGGUGACUCUGAUGUUCCGGUCGGCGGCGGAAUCCGAUGCCGUUUGGGAGCGGUUUUUGCCGCCUGAUUAUCGUGACAUCAUUUCACGUUCAAUUGACAGCGAUGAUUCGGUUCUUGCAAACCUUCGAUCCAAGAAAGAGCUUUAUUUCCACCUCUGUGAUAAUCCAAUCAUCAUCGACGGUGGCAUUAAGAGCUUUUCAUUGGAGAAAGGGACAGGAAAGAAGUGCUUUAUGCUGGCUGCAAGGGACCUCUCCAUUGUGUGGGGUGAUACACCUGCAUAUUGGCAAUGGAUCCCUUAUCCAGAGUCCAGAUUUCCUGAGGUGGCAGAGCUUCUUGAUGUGUGUUGGUUUGAAAUUCGUGGCAAGAUUAAUACUAGCAUGCUGUCUUCAGGAACUACAUAUGCAGCUUACAUUGUGUUCACUUCAAAAUCAGGAAUAUAUGGUUUUGAGUAUCAACCUGCUGAGGCUACAGUACGAAUUAGUGGGCGGGAUGGUGUAAAACGAACAAUGUGUUUGGAUCCAGAGGGAGAACAAAGGCAUAGGCACCAGUUUAGAUCCAGAGGAAGAAAUGCUAGGCGGUUGGCUCAUAUAUAUGGACGGCAAGGUGAUUUGUCCACAGAGCGCAUUACCGAUUACCCCAAGGUUAGAGCAGAUAAAUGGAUGGAAGUUGAGUUGGGAGAGUUUUUCGUGGAUGGAGAACAAGAUUUGGAUAUGGAAAUAAUGAAUAUUGUUGCUACAAACUUCAUUAGAUUUGCAGCGCAUGAAUUGUUUUUGGUGCUCAUAAAUUGUACGACUCCCAGUACAUCUAGAAAGUUUGCAGCAGAAACCUGUGGCUCGACAAGCUUGUAUCGUGGAUUGUCGACAGCUUAG